AUUGAAGCUGAGAUAGGCCCCAGCGCCCCCGCGACCCCGAAGGGAAUACGCAGUAGGAAAUGGAUGGAUGGAUAUGUCCAAAUGUUGAAUCCUCGUGCUGCUAUCAUAAUGUUGUCAACUGGUCUACUCGAGGUUAUUUAUUUAAACUAAAACAUAAACAUAAAAACAUAAUUUUAUACGGAAGCUAUACCUGUGACAGUUAAUCGACUUUGUGUACUUUAAAAUAAAAACGAUAUUUAAUUGUAAUAUGUAAUAACCAGUCGACGAAUUUCCAAUUGAACUCGAAGGCAGCGAAGUGAUUUGCGGAAUACGCCAUAAUUAAUACGUCGUAUGAAACGUAAUGAUUAUGUAUGAUCUCACCUUGGGCAAACGCCACGAUAAGUUACGUGUGUACUGCAAACAUUUGGACAUUCCUUGCCAUUCUUAUUUUGGAUAAAGUUAUCACAAGUAAGGUGUCAUUGUGUUGAUUUAAAAUGGCAAAAAGCAACGGAGACCUUGUGAAAGAGGCCAUUGAGCUGCUGGAUAAGUUCAAUGCUGGGAAGCAGAGUUUGGAUGACUUCAUAGAAGAUGCAGUCAAGGAUCUGCAGAAUAUGGAACCUCAGCAUAGGAAGUUCAUUCUUGAUCUUGUCUCUGGAUGCACCGAGUACAAGAAGCUACUGGAGGUAGUCGUCAAUCCUUUCUAUGGCCAGGGGGGGAAACUUAUAUCCAAAUGUUAUUACAGCCAUUUUGUUGUGAUAUGUUACCUCACCAUAUUCUACUUUGAGGACCUUGGACUUCAGGAAUUCAGCAACAUUGUGAAAUCUCUGGAUAUUAGGAAAAUGCACAAUUUCCUGGGCUUCUUCUUUACAAACCUCACCACUUGGAUACAAGAUGAAUGGAAUUGCAUCUAUGAUAUUGCAUAUGUGAAGGACCACUGGAUUGCUCCUCUGUUAAGAAAGCGCAAUGAGAUUGAGACCCUCAUGGAGAAGCUUGCUGCAAAAGAAUCUGAAGGGAUCCAGCCACAUAAGACUCCAUGCAAAACCACUAAGUUUGAGGCGUUCUCGUUUGUUAAGCCCAAACCGCUAUUUCCACCUAAAUCUACGCCCAGCCCUAUCGUGGAAAAAUACAAACCAAUACCAAAGAGCACUUACAACACUCCAAAAGAGAUUCAGCUGUUAGAAGCGAUCAAGCAAAGGGACCAUCAAAUGACUGAGGAGUUACUGCGCAAGAACAAUAUGACACAGUUCCGGUGUACAAAUCUGACAAAGUCUGAGCGCGCAGAGAGAGUGAUGUACCAGAUAAGUGAAGAGUUGGAGUCAAGGCUUCAGUUUGACUCGAUUCAUUACGUUAAACCUCCUCCCAUUAAGAACGUCAGUCCUAUCAAACUCAACACUGCAGCUAUGCUGAGACGGCGGGCUCUGUAUGACCACCACAUGGAGGAAGCGCUGCAGAGAAUAGAGAGUCUGGUGCAGGGAGCACAUGAGCCCUCAGUCUUGCUUCAGAGGCAGAGAGAAAUGCGUGAGAGAGAAUUUCAUGAGAGGUGGGCCAGGAUUGAUCGAAACCAUGCCGAUGCUAAUCUCAGCCAUUGGGAGGCCACUUUGGCCCGCACACAAACUGUAGAACGAAACAAAAAGGCUGCUCAGCUCAAAAAAAUUGAGGCCUCCAAGCGUUGUCAGAAAAAUGCACAGAAAAAGCUGGAGGAAGUAAAAGAGAAGAAAGACCUGGUGCACAAAGUGAUAGAAAGCUACAAUAACUCCACAAAAGCUAAAGAGAGGGUGAAUAAAUUCAAGCAAAGUGCUGUAAAAGAAUUCGCCGAGCACAAUCAAGAGCUCGUUCGUCAAGCACAAGAAGAAGCCAAGGCAGCGCACAUCAAGAGGUUGGAAUUUAUAAAUGAAGUCCACACCAUGGAAUGUCUUCCUACCCAUAGAAACAACACAUUUGAUGAUACAGAGAUUGCAGGCCAUGAACUGCUGUCAGAGAUGUCCCAUGUCGAGCUUAAGGAGCGUCUGUUCCUCACAAAGGAAGCAAAGAUGUACGAAAAGCAGGCCAAGCGACAGUACAUCCAGGAAGAGAAGCAGCGAAAGAAGACGCUGCUGUCGGAAAACAUGGACACCGUCAUCCUCCAGAGUAGGGCUCUGGCGAAGGCUGCUGCCAUCAGGAAAGAGGGAGAGAAACAAGCCAAGCUCCGAUUGCAGAGAGUCGCUACUCAGGACAAGAAGGUCUUGGCCUUGCAGAAGAAACUUGAAGAGGUGAAGAAAGAGUGCCAGAAACUAAAGCAAAGUGAAGGCAACGUUAAUAAACCCCCAAAGCAGGCAGCAUCACACACAGUUGAGACCCACGACGAAGAUGGUAUGCAGAAAAUGAAUUGGGAGGACUUGGAGAAGCGUUUAGAGCAGUACAUCGAGGGGAAAGACUCCCAAAGAUAAUAUUACUCAGUGGUGCAGAGAUAUAUAUUUAUAAAUAAGUUUGUUAUUGUGAUUGCAGUGUAAAACUGCACUACUGAAUAAGUACUUAAGCAGCAUGUUUGAUGAAGAUAUUUCAUCAGUGUUUCCCAUGAAUCCAUUUACAAACGUUUGUAGAUGGAUUUAUUUAUGAUGGCUCGUCACGUGCGACCUGUUCACUUUUGUUCAUACAGUAACCGCAUUAUAACGUACUUGGUCUGCCAGAGAAUAUGAGGGUGGCGCUGGUGGUGUAGGUGACCAUGUCACUAUACUAAGCCCGUUUAGCGCUCUCGAGAUACUGGUUUAGAUACUGUUUUUUUUUUUUAAAAAGCGACUAGCACCAAAUCUAGUGAAGAUUUUUUGGGCAUGAAAGUUGACCAAUGCUAGUUGUUCUUUUUAACGAGCAGAGAGUUAUGCUGUUGACCCCUCCCCCUCUAAAAGAACAACACAAAUGAAGCCACAAACAAAGUUUUUAGUUUUGUGCUUCACAUGUUUUUACUCAUCUUUUGCUAAUGGGUCAUGGCUAAUUAGCAAAUUAUGAACAGCUGGGAAGCACAGCACCUUUUUCCUUCAUCACCCAACCUGGCAUUGUAGGAUCGUGGCAUUGUUUUCCUCUUCUCAAGCUCAUCAAGACAUGGACAAUGACACGAUCCCAGAAGAAUUCCUGCAGGAGUGCAUGAAGGCUUGGCAGCAAAGCCUGGGAAAAUGCAUCAGACUGCUAAGGGAUUUAUAGUUUGGAUGUAAAAUACAGUGUAGCAUUUUGUAACACUAGUCCUGGAUUUUUCUAAACCUAUAAACCUCAUAUAAUAUACUUUAAUAAAAGAAGGGGCCAUUACCAAGAGUUUUGUGGACAUUUGACAGUGCUUAUUAAGCUAUGUUUUGGAACAGGGGUGUCCAAAGUGUGGUCCAGAGGCAAUUUGUGCCUCGCACCUCAGUUUUUAUUAGCCCAGAGCACAUUCUAAGGACAAACACGUCGAGGAUUAGAAUUUAAAAACAAAUUAAACAUUGGAUGUCCAGCAACUUUUUGCAUCUUGAUGCUAAGAAAACGGAAAUGCUGAUUAUCGUUCCUGCUAGACAUUUGACAACCAAACAAUUACACCAAGCGACUUUGUCCGAUUUGUCCACCGCCGACGCUGAGAUUCUUCAUGGGUUUCUUACGUCUCGUCUCAAUUAUUGUAACAUUAUUUUCGUGUUUCCCUAUGUCUAGCAUUAAAGAUUACAGUUGGUACAAAAUGCGGCUGUUAGACUUUUGACAAGAACAAGAAAAUUUGAUCAUAUUACGCCUAUACUGGCUCACCUGCACUUAAGUGCACAGGAAACCAUGGUUUCCUGUGCACUUAAGAUGUGACUUUAAGGUUUUACUACUUACGUAUAAAAUACUAAACGGUCUUGCUCCAUCAUAUCUUGCUGAUUGUAUUGUACCAUAUGUCCCGGCAAGAAAUCUGCGUUCAAAGAACUCUGGCUUAUUAGUGAUUCCCAGAGCCCCAAAAAAGUCUGCGGGCUUUAGUGUGUUUUCUAUUUGGGCUCCAGUAUUCUGGAAUGCCCUACCAGUAUCAGUUAGAGAUGCUACCUCAGUAGAAGCAAUUACCGGUAGGUCCCAUCUUAAAACUAAUUUGUAUGUUCUAGCCUUUAAAUAGACCCCUUUUUAAGACCAGUUGAUCUGCUGUCUCUCUUUUGUGCUCUGGCCCCCUCUCCUGCUUGGAGAGGUUAUCAGGUGACCACAGAUGAAUCGCUAGCUGUUCAAAGUCGGGACCCAGAAUGGACCACUCUUUCUCCCCUGCUGGUCUCCCAAUGGACUGGACUUUCACAUGAAGUCGGGACCCGGGAUGGACCACACCUUAUGCAUCAGUCGGUGACGUCUGUGCGCCCCGACUUGUCUACAUGCAAGAUUAUCUCCUGCUGGCCCCACUAUGGACUGGACUCUCACAGUAUUAACCGUACCCACUCGGCAUCUAUUGUACUGGUCACCCAAGAGGGUGGGGAGCCCCCACAUCUGCGGUCCCUUCCAAGGUUUCUUAUUGUUCCCAUUGAGUUUAUUUUUUUCUUUCCCUGAUGUGGGAUCUGAGCUGAGGAUGUUGUUGUGGCUUGUGCAGCCCUUUGAGAUAUUUGUAAUUAAGGGCUUGAUUGAUUGAACUUAACACAAAAAACUAUGAAAACAUUUUACUGUCCCAAGCCCCUCCCACCCCCAAAAAUGGGACCUGAAAACCAAAAUGGCCAGAGACCUGUGCGUCUCACUGUUCUUUGAUGAGUUCCGUGCGUUCCCUUAUUAUGGUGAACAUGUGUACACAUUUCUUGCAAUAAAUGAUAAGUUUUUGAGUGUCUUCAAAAACAUUUCAUUUGGUGGCAUAAUAGAUAGAUAAUAGAUAAUAGAACAUAAGAAAUGUAAUACCUCAAGGGGGUUGGAUUAGGCAAGACGAUUUUGUUCUAGAGCACAAUGUGUACGUGAGGCAAUCCAAAGUGCUUUACAGAUGCAUACAAUUUAUGAAGGUGAAUGAAAUCAUGAAAAUGUGAAUCUAAUUUGCUUUGUUACCUAUAACAGUGUUUCUCAAACUUUUACUGGUACACAGGCUCCAUCUGGUACGCCAAAAACUUUAAUAUUGUAAAGACAUGACUCGAGCCAUUAUCAAAGGUUUAUCAGCCUUCAAUGGAAGUCGUUAACAAUUUGACUACUGUAGACUGGUCGACACCAAUGUAAACAAUUAAGACACAAACAGAACCGUCUUACGCCGACAUUUCAAUCAAUCAAAAUGCCUGGAAACCAAAUGUCCUCUACAUUCACCGUUUAUGUCCACCCUUUUUCAGCCUUCCAGCCAAACAACACACAGAAGACAUUUAAACAAUAUAUUCAAAAACAGUGUUACUCUUCAAACUAUAAUGUUACAAUGGCCAAAAAUAUGAAAUAUACUUUUCA